AUGUUUGAGGAUAUUGUUGGCCGUAGCCGUGAUUCUGAUGCAGUCAAGCUUCAUCAUCUGGACAAAGCAUUAAUCGGUGACGCCGCCGGGUGGAUCACGGCAAAGAUGAUUGUUGAAAAUAACUACCAGCAAACAUGGAAACAGCUGAGCGACCAAUACGAGAAUCCCAGAGUAAUCGUCGAUACUCAUCUCGAAGGGCUGCUUGAGAUGAAAUCGAUGACCAAACGCAGCCAUAAGGACUUACUCGAACUUGUGAAGACAUUCAACCGUCAUGUUGGCGGUCUCGAGUACCAGGGACUAGUAGUUGAUGAACUUUCUGGUCUCAUACUUACGAAGAUCCUUACUUUGCGAUUGGAUGACCAAACACUCCAACUGUGGGAAAGGACCCAGCAGCACGCCAAGCUACCCAAAUUUGAAGAUACGAUGCAGUUUCUACGAAGCGAAUGCCAGGUUUUGGAACGAUUUCAAAAUAGGCACCAUAUACCCUUGAAGGAACCCUCUCAACGACACAAAUCACACGCUGCAACCACUGUGACCAUCACCGGUUCCUGUCAAUUCUGUAGUGAAAUCCAUCGCCACUUCGAAUGCCCGGAAUUCAACAAAUUGACACCAGCUGAACGGAGGGAGGAAGUCACCAAGUUGAAAAUCUGCUUCAACUGUCUUCGCCCAGGUCAUCGAUCCCUUAACUGCUCAUCAAAAAAGACGUGCUCCCGCUGCCAAAGGAGGCAUCAUACACUAUUGCAUGAAGAACGAACAUCAUCGACAUCGAAGGAGCGAGCCGCUUUUGAAGAAAAAGACGAAGAAGAAGCCAUCCAAGCCCAAAUCCCGCAACAAGUUUCCGAUGCUGUUGUGUCGUGCAGUCAAUCCCAGGCUGCUAAAACCGUGAUGCUUAUGACUGCCGUGGUGCACAUCAAGGACCCUCGAGGAUGGACAGUUCCCUGUCGUGUGCUGUUGGACAGCGGGUCCCAAGUAAACUUCCUUUGUAAGGCAAUGGCCGAUCGUUUGGCAAAUAAAAGACUACAGGCACACAUACCCAUCGCUGGAAUUGGUGGAGUCAAAACCUACGCCAAGGAAAAGCUAAUAGUGGAAGUUGAGUCUCGGUAUUCCGAUUUCUCUACCAACAUCGAAUGCCUCGUAGUUCCUAAAAUAACGGGAACUAUUCCUGCAGCGAAAAUCGACAUUUCUGCAUGGCCAAUUAAUAUCGAUCUACCUUUGGCAGACCCUAAAUUCAAUAUUCCUUCUCAAAUUGAUAUGUUGAUUGGAGUUUCCCAUUUCUUGCGGUUGCUGAAAUCUGGACGUCUUCAAUUGAAUGAUACGUUACCCGAACUUCAAGAAACCCAUUUUGGAUGGGUGAUUGCCGGAGACAUCGACGAAGUUUCGGUUUCUCAGCAAUGCCUAGCUGCAACGGUGGAUCCUGUUCCCGACAUUCUUCGUCAAUUCUGGGAAAUAGAGGAAAUAUCAGAGUCAGCAAAACCAGUGUCCGAUCAAGAUGAAUGUGAGAAAAUGUUCCAGUUGACUCAUCGUCGAGAUGAAUCAGGCAGAUAUAUAGUAAGUCUUCCAUUUAAUGAGUCGGUGAAUCAACUUGGGAACAACCGAAAUUUGGCGAUGCGCAGAUUUCUUUCGUUGGAGAGAAGAUUCAAGAAAAAUCCGGAACUAAAGAAGCAAUAUUGUCAAUUCAUCGAUGAGUAUAAAGAAAUGGGGCACUGCCACGAAGUAAACGUAUCCGAUGCUACCAACCAAGGCGUUUACUACUUGCCCCAUCAAGCCGUUCUCCGUCCAUCAAGUUCUACAACCAAAAUCCGAGUAGUUUUUGAUGCGUCAGCAAAGGCAGCUCCCGCUGAAAAAACGUUGAAUGACGUUCUACGAGUCGGAGCAACACUACAAAGUGAUAUAUUCAGCAUCUUGUUACGGUUCCGCAAACAUCAGGUCGUAUUCACUGCUGACAUCUCGAAAAUGUAUCGGCAGAUACGGAUUGAACCGGAGCACGCACGCUUCCAACGAAUUUUCUGGAGAACAAAUCCGGAAGAGUCUCUUCGUGUCCUGGAACUCACAACAGUAACCUAUGGGACAGCUGCCGCCCCAUAUUUGGCAACUAGAUGUCUAUUCCAGCUCUGUGAUGAUGAAGGCAGUUCUUUCCCGCUUGCAGCUCGUAUAAUUCGAGUGGACUGUUACAUCGACGACGUAAUUUCUGGUGCAGAUACCGUAGAAGAAGCCGUAGAAAGUCAGAGACAAAUACAACAGUUGCUUGCAAGAGGUGGAUUCCCCGUCCACAAAUGGAGCUCCAACACCUCGGAAGUUUUGAAUUCGAUUCCGGAAGCCGAACGUGAAAGAUUAGUGCAUCUAGACAACACCACCACGAAUGUAAUGAAGACACUCGGUCUGAUCUGGAGCCCGCAACAAGACCAAUUCCUAUUUAAAGUCAACCAUCCCAAUCAAGAAGCAAACCAACUCACAAAACGAUCAGUACUCUCUGAAAUCGGUAAGCUAUUCGAUCCAUUAGGUCUCGUAACUCCGGUUACUGUCAUAGCCAAGUUGAUAAUGCAGAGGAUUUGGAAGGCCGGAUUAACGUGGGAUGAUCCGCUGGAAGGAGAACUGUACCAAUCCUGGCAACAGUUUCGCGAAGCUUUGAUCCAGAUAAACAAAGUCAAGAUUCCUCGAUGCACAAUACCAUAUGGUGUCACCGCCAUAGAAAUCCAUGGUUUCUCCGAUGCAUCCCUAGUUGCAUAUGGAGCAGUCAUCUAUCUUCGCUGUAUUUUGCCGAAUGAUACGAUCACAGUCAACAUGCUCUGCAGCAAAUCCAAAGUAUCCCCGAUUGCAGAAAUGAGUAUUCCGCGUAAGGAGUUGCUUGGUGCCCGGUUAUUAUCUCGUCUGCUGGUUAAAGUACUGAACUGUCUCCAACUGCAAAUAUCCAACGUUAAUUUAUGGUGUGAUAGUCAGGUAGUGCUUGCUUGGUUGAAAAAGCCGUUAUCAUCUCUAGAAGUAUUUGUGCGCAACCGAGUGACAGAAAUUUUGGAGAAAACCGGGAUGUGCACAUGGAACUACGUCAAGUCGAAGGAAAAUCCAGCCGAUCUAAUAUCCAGAGGCCAAACCCCACUCAUCUUGAGCAGCAAUGAGCUCUGGUGGAAGGGUCCAUCAUUUCUAAGUAAAGCAAAGUACCAGCCAGAACUUCCGGAUGACAUUCCUGAUGAGGAACUUCCGGAAAUGAGAAAAGCUGAUAUGAUCGUCAUCCCAGCCAUCAAAGCAGAAACGUUAACUGUUUUUCCAAGUUCAGCUCCUUUAGAAAGCUUCAGCGAGUAA